GAUUCACUCGAGCAGUUAUAUCAGAGAUAAAUGAAAAGAUAACGAUUAUCACGGAAGGGCGUGCACAGUGUCAUUCUCGGUCGAGACAUUACCGCGUUUCGUAUCUAGAACCGUUCGAGUAAUGCACUGCGAUCGUAGUCAAUCUUCACGAGUUUACUGUUUUUGAAAUGAAGACUCAAGUUUUCGGGAUCGCUGUGCUCUUUAUCACUUUCGGAUCACUUUGCUGUUCGACGCAAAUUAUCGAAAAGAAUGGAACUGUCAAGUAUGGCGAGAAAUGCCAAAGAGACCGUGAUUGCAUUUCACAUGCGUUCUGUAAAGCACAAAUGAUCUGUACCUGCGAACAGUAUUACUCACCUACUCCGGACAAAACGAUGUGCAUCGCUAGCGAGGGGUUGUUUUGCAACGACGAUUCGACCUGUCUAUCGAUGACGAACGCAGAGUGCAAACAAGGAAAAUGCGCAUGCAAAGAUUCGUAUGUUUUGGACACAACCAAUUCUUCGAAUUGCAUCAACAGACCGUCGAUGGUAGGAGAUCGUUGUCAAAGGAGCGAUGAUUGUCAAGAUGUACUUGGUCGUGCUAUGUGUAUCGAGGAAAGUUGUCGAUGCGUCUCGGGCUACCACUUUGUAAAUCAAACAGGAAAAUGCCUCCAAACACGACUUUUGUUCGAUACGUGCUUAAUGGAUUACGAGUGUAUGGGCUCCCGUAAUGAAGAUGUCCUUGAAUGUAAAAACAGUCGAUGCGUUUGUAAGGAAGGAUAUGCGGAUUGUAGCAGAGCCUCUCUGUACGCCUUUCUUGGAAUUCCAGUUAUACUUUUAUCGCUUCUACAACAACUAAUUUAGAACCGCAGCUCCAAACAGGUAUCUGCAAAUUUUACUUUAAAUCGAUAAGCGAAACGAUAUGCGAUCGUUGUAAAUAAAUGUCUGGCUCUACAAAUUUAAUAAAUUAUUAUUAUUUAUA